AAGCUAGGGCUAUGUCACAAAAUUAGCUAAUGUCAUGCCACAUAUUGCAUGGGCCCGUUACGUGUUUGAUAAUGGGCCUCAGAGCCCAAUUGAAUUUGUGUCUCAACACGGUGUCGUGCGUAAUCGAAUAUCGCUUGUCGUCGAUUAGUUCUCCGCCUUCUCUGGACGCUGUGCAAAGACUCUCUCAAGCAAAAAAGCUUCUUCGAUCUUCCCCAGUACAGUUAUUUCGUUAUAAAGAUUUGAAAUCGAGAUUCUCACCGAAUAGAUCUGGUUCAAAAAAAAGGAUUGUUCUGCAAUGGACACAAAAGCUCUGGCGAAAUCGAAGAGAGCUCACACUCAACACCACACCAAGAAAUCACAUCCACUUCAUAAGCCAAAAGCUGGGCAAGUAAACCAAACAAAGAGUCCGGUUCAAUCUGCACUACCGUCGAAUCAGGACCGGUACGAUGAUGAACCCGAUCUCGGUUUGUCAACUAAUCAACCCGCGGAUGUUAUUGUGCCGAAAAGCAAAGGAGCUGACUAUCUGCAUUUGAUAUCUGAAGCCAAAGCUGAGUCUCAUUCAAAGAUUGAGAACGAUUCAGAUUGUUUGUCAUCGUUAGAUGAUCUUUUGCACGAUGAGUUUAGUCGUGUAGUUGGAUCUAUGAUCUCUGCAAGAGGGGAAGGUGUGCUUUCAUGGAUGGAUGAUGACAACUUUGUUGUGGAAGAAGACGGAUCAGCUUCAAAUCAUGAGGUACCUGGAUUCCUCUCCUUGGAUCUAAAUGCACUAGAGACAAUGCUAGAGAAAGUGGAGGUGCAUGAGAGGCUCUACAUUGAAGCUGAUCUUUUGCUGCCCGAGCUGUGUACAUCCCAAGUGAACCGAGAUAAAGAACUGAAUUGUUCUCAUACUUCCCAAGACGCGGAAGCUGUGACAACAAGGCUAAAUGAGCCGGUUCAACGUGAAUCAAGUGGGAAGAUUGAUCCAGUUGUUACACAAGGAGAAUCAUCAGCUUUGAAGGACAUACAAAUACUCACACAACAGCCAGAUAAAUCUUCAGCAAUUGAAUCCGAUCUAGAUUUUCUUCUCGACUCCUUUAGUGAAGAGCCUAAGCCAGUGGCCAGUGCCUCAAGUACAUCCAGUCAGAAUCCUUCUGUCCAAAGAUCUUCAGCUUUUGAAACUGAGCUGGAUUCUCUUCUCAGCUCUCAUGGUGGCGGAGAACCAUUACACAGACCAGCGAACCCAUCUGAUCAAAAGCUUACCACAACGGGUUUCGAUGACAUGCUUGAUGAUUUGCUCGAAAGUACUUCAGUAGCAACCAAACCACAGGAGAAUCAGACCCCUUUGUCGUCGACAGUUGGAAAAUCCAAAGUUAUAGAGGAGUUUGAUUCUUGGUUAGAUACGAUUUGAUUUGUGUUUAGUGUAAUACUUUUUUUAUUCCCAGGCAAAUGAGAAUCUACUAUGUAGUCUAUAAAAAAUCGUUGGGGCUUAGGUAAACCUUGUUUGCCGAUCUAGCUAUGGUCUGAGCAUUCUCUCUUCCAGCUUAGCUAAACCUUGUAUUCUAAUUUUUAAAUCAAAAGAUCGUUGAAGCUU